UUUUUGAUUUGAAUCCAAAACAAACAACAAAGAAGCCGACAGAUCCUCCACCAUUACCAAAACUUUUGCCAAGUUUUUACCUUUCCUUGACUUCCACCCUUCAAAAUCCUUUGAAGUUUCUGUAUGGAAAAGUGUGGUAAUGGGUUGAUGAAUGUGUUUGAGAGUGGUUACGGUUGUGGAAAUCGGGAAAACUCAGAAUCAAAGGCGAUUGAGCAAAUGGGGGUCUCUGUAUCUUCUUCUUCUUCUUCUUCUUCUUCCUGCAGAUUCUCUCUACUAUGGUAAUGGGUGUUCACUGUAAGCCGGUGAGGUUGCGAGUAGACGGUCUUGCCCCAUUUGUACCAUUUACCCAUAUAACUACUUCAACCGCUUCAACGAAGAAUUUCCUAGUCUUCAUCCCGCUCUUCUCUGUUUUCAAACAUUGACGAUACCACUUUAGCGGAGUUCUGUUCCUCUUUUUUUUCCUGAUUCUCCUCGUUUUCUUUGGAUUUUAGCGUUUGUUUGUGACUUCUAUGGAGUUGGAAAAUCCGGCUUCUCAGACUUUAAGUGAAGAGGGAAACAGAGGAAAACUGGAGAAUGAGAAAGGAGGAGAACUAGAUUUGAAUGAGACGAGAAAUGGGAAGAAGAAGAAGAAGAAAAAUGGAAAUCGUUCGGUAUCGUUUUAUCUACCAAAGAUCGGAUUCGGAUGUUUCAGAGUACAGCGUGAUGAGGAAGGGAAUGUUGAUAUGGAGGUCGUCAAUGGCUCUGGGGAGCGUCAGAAGCCCACCCACCUUCUUAUAAUGGUUAAUGGUCUCGUUGGCAGUGCUAAAGAUUGGAAAUAUGCAGCACAGGAGUUUUUGAAGACGUACCCAGAAGAUAUUAUUGUUCAUUGUAGUAAACGUAAUUACUCAACAUUGACUCUUGAUGGUGUUGAUGUGAUGGGAGGAAGACUAGCAGAAGAGAUUUUGUUAGUUAUCAAGAGACAUCCAAAUGUUCGAAAGAUCUCCUUCUUAUGUCAUUCAUUAGGUGGACUGAUAGCAAGGUACGCCAUUGCAAAGCUUUAUGAGCUAAAAGAAGAUGUCCAAGUAAAUGGAGAGUAUAACAAACAUGAGUUUAGAGAUGAAAGCUAUGAAGAUGAAUUUAGAGGGAGAAUUGCAGGGCUGGAACCAAUUAAUUUUAUAACUUGUGCAACCCCACAUCUUGGUUCAAGAGGGCAUAAUCAGGUCCCUAUGUGUUGUGGCUUUUAUGUGUUGGAAAAAGUAGCUGUUUGUACAUCAUAUUUCUUUGGUAGAACUGGGAGACAUUUAUUUUUAAUUGACAACGACAGUGGAAACUGCCCUCUUCUUUUUCAUAUGGCUGGCGAUCGUGAGGAUCUCAAAUUUUUAUCUGCUUUGCAGUCGUUUAGGCGUCGUGUUACCUAUGCAAACGUGCGUUAUGAUAGUAUCCUAUUAUUGUUUCUCUACUUGAUAAUAUUUCUACAAGAACUCUUCAAAUACGUUGUUGGAUGGAGUACAUCUUCUAUCAGGCGUCGUACUGAGUUGCCUAAGCGUAAAGGUUUAUCAGGAGAUAGCAAAUAUCCAUACAUUGUAAAUGUAGAGAUGGCAAAAAUUCAGAAUCCUCAAUUGUAUGUGCCAUCAGAGGCUGAAGUCAAAAGAUUCAAGAAAAGUGAAUUGGAAGAAGAAAUGAUCAAAGGUUUAUCGAGCGUUGGUUGGGAGCGGGUUGACGUUGAUUUUCACAGAAGUAAACAAAGAAAUGAUGCGCAUCUUACCAUUCAGGUUAAUAGGUACAGAGUCAAUUCUGAUGGAGCGUGUGUGGUCCAACAUAUGAUAGACAAUUUUCUCCUGUAGCAUGUGAUGAAUUGAAUUAUCGACAAUUGAUUUUGAGUUAUCAAACAGCCUGGAAGGAAUGAACGCCUAGUCGAUCCUUCCAAAUAGCAUCCAUGAUUAAGAAUCUAAGACCACUAGCUUGAACAUCAGCUACAGAAUUGUGUUGUUAGCUCAAAAAGUAUUCUUGGGGAUAAUGAAGCAAAUCGACUCACGAUCAGAUAUCGGGUGGCUGCUGUAUGUUCUGUGGAUUAAGAAAGCAAAUCAGUAAUAUCUGACUGAUACUUCCUACUAUUCCAAGUGAAGGAGAUCAAUAUGUGUCAGAAAGCUUUUCAUGAGUUUGUGAUGUAAAAUAGAAUUAUUAGUUCAAAAGAAAAUUCUGCUCUUCUGUUGCAAGUUGCAACCUCUCUCUUGGCAUUUGCCGCCAAUGAAGAUUCAUAUCCCCCAUAGAAUUGAUAAAAAAAAAAGUCCUACUUCUCUUCUUGUACUUGAGAAGCAUGUGGGAAUCUAUAUAGUGAGAACAGUAUCAGCAGCAAGUGUUAUAAAAUGAAUUUUGCUUUUAUGGAGUUAGUGUUUUUA